AUGGCCUCCUCAGAAGAAGAAGACGUGAUGGACAAUGCAGCAGAACUUGAAGAUGAUCUCUUUGGCGAUGAUGAUGAGGAGGAGCCUGCGGAAAGGGUUCGAGAAUUGAGUGACAGAGAGCUGGACUCCGGAGAUGAUGAGGAACGGAAUGAUCGAGCGCCUAGGGAUGAUGCUGAGGAGAUAGAUUAUGGAGAUGGACGAGACGUUCAGAUUCAAGAAUCAACCGUCUGGAGACAUCCAGUUCCAAAGCCAGUCGACGGAGAGUUGAACUCCCUACGACUCCCAAAAUUCCUUGGCAUAGAACCUCAUAUUUUCGAGCCAGAAACAUUCAAACCCCCGGCUGCUGAUCAUCAUAGCGACACGAAAUCCGCGAAUUUUUCAGCUAGUGCUGUUGCAGCUUCCACAAUGCGCUACCGCAAAGAUCCUGCGACUGGCAAGCUCGAGAGCAAUACCGUUGUGUACAGAUGGAGUGACGGAAGUACCACACUGUCAGUUGGAGACCAACAUUACGAGCUGCAAACCAAACCACUUGCCCCUCCUCGAGAUAACAAAACCUAUCAGGAAGUUCAAGACUCCCACUCGUAUGUGGCUACACCAUCGCUUGUUUCCCAGCUUCUCGUUAUGGUUGGACAUAUGACGAACGAGUAUACUGUUCGACCCAACAAGGAGGUCGAGGAUGAUGCUCUUGAAAAGCUGCAGAGAAGCUUGGCUGCAGCAACUCGCGGAGGCCAUAAGGGUGACGACAAGAAUGGACCUGAACUUAUUACCAACACACAAGACCCCGAACUACAGAAGAAGCGAGCCGAAUUGGCUGAGAAAGAACGGAUGAGAGCCCAACGUCGUCGCGAAGCAGCAGCAGAAAAGGCUGGCCUGCGAGGACCGACAAGUGGACGCGGUGGAUUAAGUGUGGAUGACUUAGAAGGACGGUCCGGCCGGAGAGCACCAGGCUCAGCCCGGAAGCCAGCCAAGCAGCGGAGACAUAGACCAGAAUAUGAUUCGGACGAUGAUCUCCCGAGAGGCGGUAGAAACAGGGAAGACGAAUAUGACAAGGAGGACGAUUUCCUUGCUUCUAGUGACGAAGACCUGGAGGAGGGAGGCGGAGAUGAUGAUGAGGACGAAGAGGAGAUGCUGGACGAAGAGAGCGAGAGGGAUGAACCAAAACACAAGAAGCUGAAGCUGUCGAAGCCAGAGGAGACGAGUGAUGCCGAUGCCGAUGCCGAAGCAGACCUCGAUGACGAUGAAGCUCCAGCAGCACCUGUUGUCGAGCCUGCGGUUGGCAGAGGACGAAAACGCAAUAUCAUUGAGGAUGACGAUGAUGAGUGA